ACCAAUCGAUUGGCAAACAGAAAAAUCAAGUGAAUUGCUUAUAUAAAACUCAUAGUAGCAAAUCUUAAGUUCUUGAAAUCAUAAUUCUGUAAAAUAAUAAUAAUAUCAAAGUGCUAUAAAAAUCAAAAUAUAACUGGUGUUAGUUUAUGUAUUUUAAGUUAACUCCAAUCGAAAUAUUAAAUUCUCGCUUUAUUGAGCAAGCCUUAUACUGAGGAUAGGACUUCAAAUGAAAUUCCAAGCGUUUGAAGACACAACGCAAUAGAAAAGGGAGAAAAUGAUGAACAUGAAUCCACCGACGCACCCUGCCCUGCACCCCAAUCCGCACCCCCAUCCACAUCCACAUCCGCAUCCCCAUCUCCCCCAGCCACUGCAGCAUCUUGGCCAGCACCAGCAGAUGCCCGGCCUGCUCCAAGGCCACCCAAACACCACCACCCACUUCGUGGAGUGCCGGGCAUUACCGGCAAUCAACGAGACAUUUCCGCAAUUUGGCCAGCAUCGUCCGGCUAUUUCGCUGAUCUCCCCCUUGGAUCUUUCCCUCCGGGCAGCGGCCAGUGUAGUGCCAAUUACUCCGCCCUCGACGCCCUCGCCGCCCCGCAAGCGCCAGAGAUUACUGUCCGAGGAGAAUUACCUGUGGCGUCCUCACAUGGCGAGUCCUGCAGCUCCGGGACCUUCGAACUUGGCCAUGCAGCCAGGCAGCAGCUUCUAUCAUCAUCAGCAGCAGCAGCAACAUCAGCAACAUCAGCAACAGCAGCAACAGCAACAACAGACCCAGCAGCAACAUCAGACACACCAGCAACAUCAACCACAACAGCAACAUCAUCAGCCAUAUUCCAUACGCAGCAGCUUUGAGGGCGCUGCCUUUAAUAAAAGUCAUUUUCACGGUACGAAAAAUAACUUUGAGCAAAUUCCGGCGGGUCAAUCGAGCGUCAGUUCGCCCAUCUACGUGGAGGAUGAGACCAUUGUGCUGACCGAGGACGAGGAUGAAACAGUUGUCAGUUCCCAUGACUACAAUGAGUACGCCACGGACACCGAGGAAGUCAACGAGGGCGACGAUGAGACACUGCAGGUCCAAGUCAGCGAUAAUGAUAAUGGUGAGGAGGAGGACAAUGAUGAGGAGGAGGAGGUCUUUGUGGAUGUCCUGGGCAGUGAUGAUGAUGAGGAUGAGGCUGUGGCUCCGGCCACAAGAUUGCAGGCCCAACUAAUGGAGACCACAGCGCUGAAGAGGAAUGAGUUGCUGUACGAGGAUGAGGAGCUGCACAACCAGGCGGUUGAUGGUCUGGCCAGGCUCUUCGAGCGGGACUUUCCCCAACCCGAGGUGGAGGUCAGCGAACUGGCGGAGGUCCAGAGCAGCAGCGGGAAAACCUACACGGAUUUGAGUGGCGUGGUAGCCAUGGUGGAGGUGAGGGACACCAGAUCUCCCAGGCUUCCACCACCUGUUCCUCCAGCUCCUCCGGCUACUAUUACUGCUCCUGCUCCUGCUCCUGCUCCUGCCCCACCUGCACCACCACCACCACCCAGUCGUCCCCACAAGGCCGAACGCAAGCGAUCCAAGCUAAGGAAACACAUGGCCAUUGAUGAGGAGACCAUCAGCCCAGUGUCCGGCACCAUCAUCCGCAAAUUGCGCGACGACGAGGAGCUGGUGGUGCGCAAAGGCGACAUUGAUCCGGCUUUCAAUGUGGUCGAAAUCACAGAGGAGGCCAAGGCCAUCCUGGCCAGCAUCGACAACAAGAUUGGCGACUAUCUCUGCCAGCUUUGUCGCACUGUCUACGAUGAUGCCUUUAUGUUGGCCCAGCACCGAUGUCCCCGCAUCGUCCAUAUCGAGUACAAGUGCUCCGAGUGCGAGAAGGUCUUUAAUUGCCCGGCCAACUUGGCCUCCCAUCGCAGAUGGCAUAAGCCCAAAGCGGAUGCUUCGGGUAAUCCCACCAAGAAGCGAAUCGUUGAGGCCGGGGAUCUCAUCCAGGAGGCGGGAAGAGGAGGCUCCGACGAUGCCAGCGAUGGCAUUUAUCCUUGCCACAUUUGCGGAAAGACCUUCAGACGUCAAGCUUACCUAAAGAAGCACCAGGCCUCCCAUCAGAUGUUGGAUAAUCUAAAGAACCUGGACUUCUUCAAGGCCCAGCAACAGCAGUUGGCCAUCGGUGGCCACCAGAUGCCCGAUCAUGUCCAGCUGCAGCAGACGGCGGGACAAGCAGUUGCCUCUGCCACUCCCUAUGGUGCUGCCCCCCUGCCACGCCCACCACCCGGCAUGCCCAUCUAUCCGCCCCCGAAUGGUAAGAACUAUGCGGGUGGACAACGCUUUCCCGGCUUUCCCUUCCAGGCCUUCGACCAGCGUCGCUUCUACUCGCUGGGGGAGUUCUACCUAUCGCAGCAUCUGGAGCGCUCCUCGGCCUUUCAGUACGUGCAGGCCAAUCACUUGAGGCAACUGUCGAAUGUGGCCCAAACGCUGAUGCCUCCCUUGCCCGUCAAAUGACCCAAUCCCAAUACGAAUGUCCUGCGGCCAGUGCCCCGAAUUGCUGCAACAACAAGCGCAACAGCACCGCCGGCGGCAACAACAACAGCUAGACAAGUGGCAACUGCCGCAGCGGUGUCCUCCGGCGGACACGCCUUUAAUUGGGUGGCUCCAUCGACAGCAACAGGAAAUGCAACUGGAAAUGCAACCGGAAAUGC